AUGGCGGGGUGCGGGUGGCUCUUGUUCGUGGCGGUCGCUCUGUGCUCCGUGCCUCUCUCGGUGCGUGCAGACUGUUGGCUCAUCGAGGGGGAUAAAGGAUAUGUGUGGUUGGCCAUCUGCAGUCAGAACCAGCCUCCCUUUGAGACCAUCCCUCCUCACAUCAACAGCACGGUGCACGAUCUGCGUUUGAACGAUAACAAGCUAAAGGCCGUGCUCUUCGCCUCCAUGUACCGCUUCACAAACCUCACCGACCUGAACCUGACCAAGAACGACAUCAGCUACAUCGAGGACGGAGCCUUCGCCAGCCAGGCCAACUUGCAGAUUCUCCAGUUGGGCUACAAUAAGCUGACUAACCUGACCGAGGGCAUGCUGCGUGGGCUGGGACGACUGCAGUGUCUCUACCUCCAACACAACCUCCUGGAAGUCAUCGCCUCCAAUGCCUUCUGGGAGUGUCCGAGCCUCAGCAGCCUGGAUCUAUCCUCAAACAAGUUCGCUCGCCUGGACCCCACCACCUUUGCCGUGCUUAACCGACUAACCGUGUGCGAGCUAGCGGCUAACCCUUUCCACUGCGGGUGUGACCUCUUCAGCUUCCUCACCUGGUUAGAAGCUUUCAACAAUGUAACACACACUUACGACAGACUCCAAUGCGAAACUCCGAGAGACAUGUUCGGAUACCCGCUCCUGAGUCCGGUCCCGGGACACGGACGGAACGCCAGGACCAUUCUGUCGACAAGAUGCCGCGAUGGCGUAAUCAUACCGGGAAUGCCGUCGCAGCUGCCGGAUUUGGACGGCUCCGGUUUAGGAUUAGACAAUACUGAUCAAGGAUUUUACCACCAGCCGAAUACUUCUUCCACGUCUGACGCUUUGAAUAAAAAUCAGAUCACGAUCAUGACGCAAGCCGUUUCACAGUACUCCGCGUCUCUACGUGUACAGAUCCCCGAGCCGUAUAACAAAAUGUAUGUUCUAUCGCAGUACAACCACACGCUUGUCGCAGAUAAGCCUCUCAGGAAGAAAAGCGAAGUGAUCAUGUUGGAUAAGUUAAAGCCACAUUCAAACUACACUUACUGUGUAGCAUCAGUUAGCAAGACACAGCGUUACAACCACACGUGUAUGUCUUUCACCACACGUGCCGCUGGACCAGAGGAUCAUCGAGCCAGUCCCUCCUCCACCACUCACUACAUCAUGACCAUCCUGGGCUGCCUGUUUGGGAUGCUCCUGGUGCUUGGGUUUGUGUACUACUGCCUUCGCCGCAAGAGGGCGCAAGAAGAGAAGGAGAAGGCCAUCAGUGUCAAGAAGACCAUUCUGGAGAUGAGGUAUGGUCCGGAGGCAGCAGCAGCAGUGUCCAAUGACCCAGCCGCCAUGCAGCGUCUCCAGGACCAGGCCUCCCACCAGCACCACGCGGCCGGGGGAGGGAAGCUGCCUCAGUCUGCCUCUCCUGGCUCCGGCAUGCUCCAAGGAGCACCCAACACCGGCUCAAACCGCCUCUCUACUCUGCCCCAAGGUGAGAAGAUGGCCAGCGCCUUCACUGACUCUCCAGCAGGAGGCGUCGGAGUUGGGAAAGGCAACUACAUGGAUGUGAGGACUGCCGGACUGGUGGGUGAGGUCAGGGAGACGCAAGGGGGCGCUAGUGCAGGGGAGACGGUCGUGGAUAUGCGAAAUGUGGACGAGAAUGAGGCUGACAAUGAUCUGGACGAAGACGCGAAUGGUUCGAAUUCAGAAAUCUCCACAAUCGCAAAAGAAGUGGACAAAGUAAACCAGAUCAUCAAUAACUGCAUUGAUGCUUUGAAACUCGAUGCUUCCGCGAAUGUCCCAACCACAACUGAGAAUAUUCCGAUCCCGCAGCCUCCAAGCUACGCCGCGUCUCAAGCUAGAAACCUGCUCCCGAUGUCGCCCGGGAAUCAAAACGAGAAAAAUAAAGCUCCUUCUCCGAAAGUUCACCCGCACCCUUCCAUGGCUCCUGUUCCACUGGUCAUGCCAUUAUCAGAGCGACCGGGAAUCAGCGGGGGCGGUUUCCUCACUCCUCCGUACCGCGAUCCACCUCCAGCCAACGCGGUCCGGCCGUUACAAAGGCAGUUAAGCGCCGAUGCGAAGGGCAGGCUAGCUAAUCCUGCAAGUAAAAACCCAAGAGGCUACAGCAUGGAGGUGCCAGAUCAACGCGGAGAUCCACCCAAGUACCAGGAGAAGGCAAGCCCGUUAGCUUGUAAGAAAGGCGAACGAGGGUGUAGCGGGAAUGCAGUUAACGGAGGUGGGGUUAGCGUCAACGGAGCUAACAUGGCGUGUAGUAACGGUAAAAGCAGUGUGUGCGGUCCUAAGGUACCCCAAAGUACCGCACAGCAUUUAGAAGUACAACCCGAUUAUCACAGUUCAGAGCACCGGCAUUCUUUCCCGGCGCUGUACUAUGAAAACGCCGACGAUUCGCCAAAUUCGGCACAGAAAGCUAAUUUUCUGAAGCCGCUCGGGCGCUCCAAACGGGAGGCGACUGCAACGUAUUCCCAGCUCUCGCCUUCCCGACAUCACAACUACAACUCCGGCUACUCCUCCAGUCCGGAAUAUUCUUCGGAGAGCACACUUCGGAUUUGGGAGCGGUUUAAACCUUACCGGAAGAACCCGAGGGAGGAGGCGGCUGCGUACAUUGCCGCGGGUCACGCGCUGAGGAAAAAAGUCCAGUUUGCGAAAGAUGAGGACCUCCACGAUAUUUUGGACUAUUGGAAAGGAGUGUCUGCUCAACAAAAGCUGUGA